CAUCUUCAUCUUCAUGUUCAUCAUCCCAUCAUGUGGCAAGUCUUCCACAGUUGCUUCAGACUGGGCUGACAAUUUUAAAAUACCAUGGCAGAAGUUUCCAGAAGCAUUGAUUCAAUGUUUAGAAAGGAAGAAAAGACCAAGCCCAAGAUUACGACGAGAUAUGGUAAGAAUUGUCGUGUCUGAAAUGAUGAAGGUAUGUGACUGUCCCAGUAAACAAAGCUCUACGGCUGUUGCCAAAAAGAUGGUGGCCAAAUACCCUGCAUCCUUGCAGGAUGUUAUCGAAGGUGAUAUAGCUGGAUCAGGGUAUCAUUCGCUGGUCAAGCAGAUUCAGAAUCGCAUAGAAAAUGUGAAGAGACCCAAUGUACUGAAAAUCAGAAAACGCAGCAGAACAGAAGACUCUGACACAGAGGAGAUUCCUGCUGAAAGAAAGGCAGCGGUUCAAGACACUUACGGCUGUGUGAAUUGGGAUUUAAAAUUCAUGCCACUCAAUGAGACUAAAGAGAGCCAGCUGGAUGAACAAGAAAGGAUGAAGACCAAGUCUAAACCACUAAAUGUUGACCCAGAAGAAGUUAGCAACCUUCUGAAAGCAACAUACUUCUCUCAACGCAAAGACAUAAACAAUGGAGCAAGCAUACAACAGCUUUGUGAGAACUGGCCUUUUCUAUUUCAAGAGAUUGGUAUGUGUGUACACUUCAAGCAGCUAACGGGAAUUGAUCUGAAGGAGAUGUUCCUUAAAAGCUUGGAUAAAAAGGGACAGCGGCUUCUGAACUUUCUUAAAACAGUUGGUGCAAAGAAGAUAAAAGUACUGCAAACUGCUGCAAAACUAGAUGUUAUGAGGUGUCAAACUGAGGGAUGCAGUGAAGAUUUGAAAGAUGUGAUGCUGCUUCUGCUUGCCUACUUUGAUGAAAAGGAAGAGGUGAUGUUUCAUUAUGUGGAAGACUCUUGCCUUGUUAAAGAUGUGGAGGUAGACAAGUUACCAGCAACACCCUGCAUCAUUGUCUGUGGUAAGUUUGAAUGA